UAUUAUAAUAUUAUUCAUCAUUAAAAUCAUAGAGUACUGGGACAUGGGUGACGCCAACGUCGAAUGCGUGUACUGCGGAGCAAUGUUUUGGUAUUCUGAGAGAAAGUCUUCUGAGAGAACGUCAGCUGUUACCGAGUAUGGUGGUUGUUGUGUGAAUGGUAUCAUUGAACUUCCUGUUCUACCUAAUUCGCCACAAUAUUUGAGUGAAUUGCUACAUGCAGAUAGCCGCACUAGCAAACACUUUCAAGAAAAUAUUAGAUCCUACAACAGCAUGUUCGGCUUUACUUCGCUGGGAGGCAAGAUCAAUACAAAUAUCAACAAAGGAUCGGGACCACCAGUCUUCAGUUUGCACGGACAAAACUACCAGCUCAUGGGUAGUUUACUUCCUUCUGAAGGGUCAACUCCUAAGUUUACUCAGCUCUAUAUAUAUGACACUGAUAAUAAAGUAACCAACAGAAUGAAUGUUGUCAGAAAUGCUGACGGUGCUACCGAUUUGAACGGUGAAAUUAUUUCUGGUUUGACGACCAUGUUGGAUGAGCACAACGAACUUGUGAAAUCAUUUCGUUUGGCUAGAGAAAGAAUUCAAGAACAUGGCGAAGCUAAUGUCAAGAUUCGUUUGAUUGGAAGGAGAUCUCAUGAUGCCAGACUUUAUAACUUGCCGACGAGUUCUGAAGUUGCUGUAUUGGUCGUUGGAGAUUUCGAUCAGGCUAUGGGUGAGCGAGAUAUAUUGGUUGAAACCAAGAGCGGACGACUCCAGCGAAUAAAUGAGCUUAAUGCUUCAUAUCUGGCUUUACAGUAUCUUCUUCUUUUGCCCUAUGGCGAGGAUGGCUAUAGAGAAGAUAUACCGUUUUCAAAUCAGAAAGUUGAAAAAGAAAAGGGUCGCAAAACAGUGAGCGUCCGGGAAUACUUUGCAUACCAGAUCCAUGAUAGGAAAAACGAACCAUCUACUAUUCUUUCAUCUAGAAGAUUGUUUCAACAAUUUGUCGUUGAUGCAUAUACCAUGGUUGAAUCAUCGAGGUUGCGGUACAUACGAUUCAAUCAGAGUCGAAUUCGAUGUGAUAUUUACAAUAGAUUGGCGGAUGCAGUUCUUCAUGGCGAUGUCGAUCCAAGCUCUAGAAGAGAGAGAAUUAUCCUGCCUUCUUCAUUCACUGGGGGACCUCGGAACAUGAUUCAAAACUAUCAGGAUGCAAUGGCAAUUUGCAGAUGGGCAGGUUAUCCCGAUUUGUUUAUAACAUUCACGUGCAAUCCAAAAUGGCCCGAGAUUGUUCGAUUUUUGGAACCAAAGAGAUUGCGACCUGAGGAUCGCCCGGAUAUUAUUUGCAGAGUUUUCAAGUCAAGAUUAAAGGAAUUGAUCAGGGAUUUUCGUAAGAAGCAAAUUUUCGGCACAGUUGUAGCAG